AUGAUGGCCACGACAACAUCCUCGUCGGUCGCCACUCAUGGCGGCGACAACAACAACAACAACAACAAUGACAAUGAUCCGCCGCUCGCCUCUGAGGCUACCACCGAUAGCGAUGCCGAGGACGAUGCCGCGGCCGGGCCGAGCGCCGCCAAGCGGAUGAAGAGCCUCAGCGGCGGUCCAGUUGUGCGCAAAAAGGCCAAGCGCGGUCUUGUCCAGGGAACGAAGGACUUUAUCGACAGCCUCGAGCUCAUGGGGAAGAUCGAGGGCACGUCAUCGGCACCGUCGCAGGUGGUCGUGUCGUGGGCACGGAUGGUCGACGAUUGCCCCGAGAGCAGGCGUGUUGUUGCCGACAUUCUCGAAGUUCAUGCGUGUACGCUCCUUGCUCGCAUCGCGGGCUACUUUAAGGACGCCAACGAGCUUGUCUCUCCUGUCACGCGGCUGGCUGAUGAGCAGACCAGGAUCCUGGGCCUGGUUCUGGAGGCGCUGACCUACAUGCGCCCCCAAGCGGCCUCGACCUCAUCCAAGCAGUCCACUGUCGUCGACAAGUUUGUCAGGGUCGUCGUCCGCUGCGCCCUGGUGGUGCGCGAUGUCGACGUGACCAAGCCGCUACUCGCCCUGGUCGCCAUCGGCGUCCAGCGCCGCUCGCGGCUGUUGAUUUCCAUCACCCGUGCUCUCCAUGACCUGCUCGUUUGCGGUGCCAAUGGAAACACUCCGGUCCCGGUCUUUGACGCUGAGCAGGUGUGGGACAUGCUGAUUGGUGUCAUCGAGGCGUGCAUCGGGCGCAAGCCCGGGUCGCGCACCGCGCGUGCCGCCCUCGCCUCCUUUUCGCUCUUCCGCUCCGACUGCUCGGCGGUGGCGCGAGCUGUCGCCCACGUUCUCGACUCGGCACUCAUGCCGAGCACCCAUCGAGUCUCGAGCGUGGCACGAGUCAUCAACGCCGCCUCGUACGCCAUGAACAGCCGCAUCCUCUGCCUGCUCAGCAAGUGCACCGCGCUUAGCCGCGAGGUCAUUGGUGCCAUCCUCUGGCGCCGCGAGCUGCUGCAGGUCGCCGCUCAUGUUGCGGGCUUCCUCGGCCGCCCAGGCCCGAACCUCGACGAGCUUGUCGACUGGGACGAGCUUGCACUGCGAGCACGGACCUCGCGCCGCGCCACCCGGGGCCACGUACCCGGCCUCCUGAUGGAGGCUUUGCCUGCUCCGGUUGACGCCUCGGAUGUCUUUGUAUUCUCGACCCCGCGCUCGGCGCGGCUGUUCUGGCGCGAGCGCGUCUCGGCCCGUCGUGCCUUUCCUGUCCUCGACGUCAUGGCUGCCUCGCCGGCUGCGAUUUACUGCCCGGUGGCGAUCAGCGGCAUCGCUCUCUACGAGCCGCAUCUUGCCGACCGCGUCAUUUCCAGCGCGCCGCAGCUAGUGUCGCCGACCCCGGUCGCCUACCCGCUCACCAUGGCUGCACUGUGCAUGCUGAUGGCGGUGGCGUCAGAUGCGAGCAGCGCGGCGGGCGGCAGCGGAAACCGCAAGUCGUCGUCAACAUUGCGCAGAGGCUCACACGAUCACGACUCAGACUCGGACUAUGACUCAGGCUCAGACUCGGAGAAUGGUGCUGCUGGUACCAGCGGCAAUGCCCCGCCGCAUUACCCGUCGUGCGCCGCCGUCCCGUCACUCGUCGCCUCGCACUCGCCAGUUGUGGUGGGCGACAUUAGGCUCAUGGGCCGCCGUGCCAAGCAGCGGGUUGAGGAGCUCAAUGCCGCGGGGCUCGGCACACUGUGGGAUCCACGCUCUUGGCGCGACGCCCGGGUCGUCGCGCUAGAGGCACUGGCCUCGGCCCUGUUUGUCUGUGCUGCGUACGGGCAUGUCGAAACCAUUCUCGAGCUGGUCAAGCUCGACGUGCUCGAAACCGCCGUCGGCAGUCGCGAGUACGAGCUCACUGUCCGUGAGCUUGUCAACAUGUCCGACGCAUGGACCGGCAUCCUCGCUCUGCACGCUGCAGCUCAGGAGGGCCAAAAGGCAACGGUGGUGACACUGCUCGAGCUCGGGUCGGCCGUCGACGCCACAUCUCCGCUCGACGAAGGCACAACGCCGCUGAUGCUAGCGGCCGAGGGCGGCCGGGCCGAUGUCGUGCGUGUGCUGGUGGAGGCCGGCGCUGACAUUAACGCUUGCGAUGCGUCCGGCAACACUGCACUGCGCCUGGCUUCGAUCCAGAUGCACUAUGACGUCGUCCAUACCCUUGUCACCGCAGGUGCCAAGCCCAUCCUCUCGCCGGCCGAGAAGCUGGCACAGCAGCUGAAGCUCAACAACUACUUUGCGACCGAACUGCCCAAUGCCCCGAUGCCCGGGCCAGGCGAAGUGGUGCAGACCGAGCUCAACGCCCGGAUGCGCGGCAUCCUCAUUGCCUGGCUCUCGGAAGUUCUCGGUGAGUUUGCGCUCAAGCUCAAGAACCUCUUCUACGCCGUCAACUACAUCGACCGCUACCUCGCAGCAGUGCCCACGACCCGCGAGAAGCUGCAGCUGGUCGGCGUCGUCGCCAUGCACAUCUCGACGCUGCAAACCCACGGCAACCGGCUGACGCUUGACGACUGCGUCUUUAUGUGUGACGGAACGUACAACCUCGACGAAGCGCGCGCCAUCAAGAGCAGCAUGCUGGCGCAGCUAACGUCGGACGCGUGGUCGACGCUCAAGCCAAUCAUCGGGCUCACCUACCUCAACACAUACAUCGUCAUGGUCGGCAUUGACCUCGCUAACAUGUCGCCCUCGCUCGCCAUCCAUGGCUCCUCGCUCUCAUCGGUCCAGCUCGAGACCCUCGGCUUCCAGCGGUCCGACAUCAUGUACCUCGCCUCGUUCCUCGCCGAGCUGGUCCUCAUGGAGUACGUCGUCGCCUUUUACCCGCCGUCAGUCCUCGCUGCCUCCAUCGUCCGGCUCUCCAUGAUCAUCCUCUGCCAUCCGCCGUGGCCGCGCUACGCCGCCAUGUACUCGGGCCUCGCCAUCGGCGACGCGGUCUUUGACGACUGCUUCAACACUGUCCGCAACAUCUUCCGCUUCUACAUCCGCAUCGCCAAGGAUCCGAGCUACACUCCAAGUCGCGCUUCGAACUACCGCGCCGUCGCGCGCAAGUACAAGCUCCUCUCCUCGCUCAACGUCCACCUCCACAUCUCGGCCCGUCACUUUUCCACUCCUUAUAGGCGGACAUCGGGUGCACCGGCCUCGGCAUCUAGCUACGGGUCUCCGAACCAGCGGCGUGUGGCCUCUGACACGAGCUCGAAUGGGCAGCUGGCAAUGCCGGUCUCAGAAGCGAGGCCGAUCCCUGGCCAGGCCUCGCCAAGCGUGCGGCCCAGGUCGAUCGGUGGCGUGCGGGCUAAGACCGGGCGUGAGUCGGGUGGAGUCCUCUCGCUCAACCGCUCCAACUCGAGUGCCAGCUCACUCAGCAGAUCGGUUUCGGGCACGUUUGGCGCCAGCCUUGGCGGUGCGCUGCCUGUCGGAGCCUUUGGCGUCGACGACGACGAGCUCCUUGACUCGCUGCCGCACGAGGUCAUCGACGAUUUUGAUCCCGGCCUUCGAAACCACGACGUGUACGGCCGCUACGAGCCCCCUGCGCAACUUGGCUCGCUGUCUGCAACCGCGCCGCGGCGAACAGUUAGUGGAGACACAGAUCCGCUCGCUCAUGACGCGAUGCUGCUCAUGCUGCCUACUGAAGGUAGCCCGAGCGGAUACAAGGGCAAAGACGAGAUCGAUUCUGGCUCUGAAAGCGAGGCCGACGGCGAGCCGCGUCUAGACUCGGACGACACGCUCUCGCUGGCGUCACCCAGUUAUGACUCGGGCACUGUGGUCCGACGCGCACGUCCCCGCUCCGAGGCCGAGCUCGAGGCCGAGCGCGCCGCGCUAAAGAGCUCGACGACUAGCGCGCUCGCGCUGCGCGCCGAUAUGGGUUUGGUCAAGAUGGACAAGGGCGAAAGCGCCGCCGCGCGCGCGGCCGCGCGCGCCGCACGAGCCGCCCAGGAACAGCGCCUGCACGAAGCACUCGAUGAUGCAGACGCUGGCGUGAUGCCAGGCUCGGAGCUCUCGGUCAACUCGCCGACACCGAGUGAGUCAGAGACGCCUGUCCGGAGCCGCCGCGCACUGCGAAGCCGGCUGAGCGCGCUGUUUCGCAGCCCGCGGUCGCCGUCGGCUGGCGUAGUCGCUUCUGGCAGCGAGGGCACCGCAUCGCCAUCGUCCCGCCGACCGCGGUGGUGGUGGCGAAAGGCUAAGCGGGCCGCCGCCGCUGAGGCCGAGGCCCGUGCCGCCGCCGAGCGGGAGCGCAAGCUCGAGGACCACCGGCGCAAAGCCGCCGUCGCUGCCGCUGAAUGGGGCUCGCCCUCGCCGCACGCUGUCAACGCAUACGGGGUGCGGGUCCUCGGCUCGACGCGCAAGCCAGGGGAGCCGCUCCCGGACGACGGAUUCGGUCCACCGGGUCCAUCACGCGGGCGCGACGAGAACGACGACUCGCCAAGGCAGCUCUUUGGUAUGCCCGAUGCCCCGCCAGCAUUUGUCUCGCCGUCCAAGACUCCGGCUCGGCCGUCGCGAGUCCUCGAGUCGUACGAUGCAAGCGACGAGGCCGAUCCGGAAAAGGCGCAGCUCAAGCACGACUUGUCCAAGACCCUGUUUGAGCUCCUCGAACUCAAGCAGCAGUUCUACGAGCUGCUGUACGAGAAGGAUAGCCUAGUCAACAACCCGCGAACCACCGAGCUCGAGCACGAGGUCGCCAUGCUGCAAGAUGAGCUGGACAUGGCAACGGCGGAGCGCGAUUUGUUCAAGGACAUGCUCAACCGGCACCGGUGCGAUGGCGGUUUUGUCUCGGUCCGAGUCGAGAAGUUUGCGCCUGACUCGAACGCCAUGGUCGUUGUCUCGCCAGACGCCCGCGGCUCGGACGGAAGCGACGACGAGAGCGACUCUUCGCGUGGCCGUGGCAGAAGCAGCAGAGCAGUCCAGAGCUCGCUUGUCGCCUCGCCUCAGCGAGUGCGCGGUGGCGGGAGCGGCGGUGCGCUCGGCAACGAUGACGAAAACGCGGCGCUUGUCGACUCGCUCUCGGGUAUGAUCCAGGAUCUGAUGGACGAGAAGAUUGCUGUCAAGCAAGAGUGGUACACCAUGCACGAGCGGUGCGAGACGGCAGACGCGCGGGUCGAGGAGCUGUUGUACGAGGUGGCCCGCCUGGAAGGCAAGCUCGAAAAGACACAAUACGAGCUGGCCCGGGCGCAGGGCAUGGUGUCGAAAGAUAUCGCAACUGUAGAGCAGCAGAAUGAGGACCUGGUGACCGAAGUCAACCGGCUGCUCAAGGUCAAGCUCAUACUCUCGUCGCGAGUCCAGGAGCUGGAGCAGUCGAUGCGGUUCUACGGCGAUGUGCCGCUCAUCGACUCGAUCGACUACCCGCUGGUGCAGGCCGUUGACCCGCAGGCAUGGAUGCACCUCCGCGAGUUUGGGUCGGACGCAUUGCUGAAGGAGGAGGACCCGUUUGCCAACCGGCCGGCUCCGGCCCCGCCGCCACUGCCGCAGCCGGCGAUCGAGGCCCACGUCCGCGCCUCGUACACCGCGUUCCACAGCGGCGGCGGGAGCUACGCCGAACUUGCUGCCGCGGGCAAGUACCGCACCCGGCGGGUGCCCGGGCGCAAGCCCGGUCGGAUGCGGCAUGUGUCUGGGCCGGAGCCGUACCCGGAUCCUGUGGCGCCGCCCGGCCCGCCAGUCCUGCUCUCGAUAUCACAGCUUGAGGAUGCCGGCUUUGUCGACAGCAUCUCGUCGGCAGACCUGCUCAACGACGGCGAUACCAUUUACUGGCGGGCGGCUGGUGACGGCGGAGGUGCGGCCGAUGCACGGCGCUUGCCUGCGUCGCCGCAGGGAGGCGGCGGGCGACGGGCCCACUCCAACUGA